CCAUUCUUACAUUCAAUUUCUGAAUUUGUUUGAAUAUCAUUAGAAUUAAGUCAAAACAAUCGAGAGGGCCUAAUUAUUUCACAUGAGCAGGAGCUGGUAUUACGAUGACCACCUAAAUUAAAUAGUUUUUUUUUUAAGUUGUUCUCACCACCAACCACUAGAUGGGGCAUUCCAUACAGCAGUAAAACUGCAUAGCAUGACAACUACUAAUUCCACUUCCCUGCUUUGAUGCCUGAAUUUCUGAUUGACAAUAACAGUAACCAAUCAGGUGAGACUAAGAUGUUUCUGCCCAAUAAUUGUCGACAAGAGGUUGCCCCUUUUUUGUUUGUCUUGUGGAAGAGGAAACCGGCUGAGCUGCUGCGUGUAAGAAUGAUUGGAUAGUAAAUUGCCAUGGAUGACACCUAUUUAAUAGAAAAUUCAACAAGUUGGAAAUGGCUACACUUACAAUGGCUACAGAGACAGAAAAGGCCCGUGCCCUCCUGCAGACCUUCAGCACUCCCUCUGUCAUAGCCAGCACAGGACUGGGAACGUUCUGCUUUUUUGCAGAUAGGUUUUUGGAGUUUUCUUUCAUCCAGCACAAUGAUUGGCUCAGGGCUCUUUCGGACAAUGCAGUUCACGGGGUGGUGGGCCUGUGGUCUUGGGCCAUCGUCAUUGGACUACGGAAGAAGAGUGACUUCUGUGAAGUUAUUUUUGCUGGUUUUCUUGCUUCUGUCAUCGAUCUUGACCACUUUUAUUUAGCUGGCUCCCUUUCUCUUAAAGCUGCUCUGCAUCUUCCUCAAAGACCCCCUCUUCACUGCUCUACGCUUAUCCCAGCUGCAUGCAUCUCUCUGAAAUUCCUCAUGUGGAUUUGCAAGCUAAAGGACUCCUGGUGUUUCCUUCCUUGGAUGCUCUUUAUUUCCUUGGCCUCUCACCACGUGCGAGACGGUAUCCGCCAUGGUCUUUGGUUCUGUCCAUUUGGAAGUACAGCUCCUGUGCCCUACUGGCUGUAUGUAGCAAUCACUGCAUCGUUACCGCACCUCUGUUCAGUACUCAUGUACAUGACAGGCACCAGGGAAAUGAUUUCCACAAAGCACGGCAUUGCCAUAGAUGUGUGAAUGUUCUGAGUUCUGAACUUUGAGUGUUUAUUCUCUGUCAGUCAAAAAGUAAUGUGUUGGUAAGCUGUCCUGUUGCAAUUGCUGGUGUGUAAAGGUUGGUUAGUGAGUGUAUUGCUACAGCACUGUACAGUAGAUUGUUUCACUGGAGGGAUUUUUUUUUUUUUUUU